GCUGCGGUUGCCAGGCCGGGGGUCACGUGGGCGGGAUGCCGGUUGCUGUGCAGCGUCACCGUGUCGGGCCUGCGGCCAUGGACAAGCCGGAGCUGGACUCAGAGGCCAGGCCGAGUGGGGUGGCUGCCUUCGGCGAGGAGCUGGUGCAGAGCGUGUCGCUGUACCGGCGCCGGCCGCUGCUCCUCCACGGCACCCUGGGGCCGUUCGCGGCGCUGUACGCCGCCUGGCUCUACCUGUGGGUGUGCGAGUACGGGGUGAGCCAGUACCCGGAGGCCGGCCUCAUCGCCCUGGCCGUGAUCGGAAUCGCGCACAUCCUCACCGUGCUGUCCGGGCACUGGUCCGUGCACGCGCACUGCCUGCUGACGUGCACGAAGGAGCCCAACCCCUUCAAAGCUGCCUGGGCCAAGGUGGUCCCAACGCCCAACAAUGGGUCCCCUGAACUGGUGGCGCUCCAGCAUGACCAGGAUGAGAGCCAUCAGAAAACCAUCUCUUUUGAGUUUCAGAAGAUUAAAUACUGGUUUGAUGAAAAUACAAAAGAGUUCCAUCCAGUGGCUUUCCCAGUGACUUUUCAACUGCAGUUCUACCAGGCAGCCAAGGGGUUCCAGGAUGAGAAGGAGCUUGAAGCAGCAGAAAGGAAAUAUGGCUCAAACAAGGCUGAAAUGGUGGUUCCUGAGUUCAUGCAACUCUUCAAAGAGAGAGCUACUGCUCCCUUCUUUGUCUUCCAGGUGUUCUGUGUGGGUCUCUGGUGCUUGGACGAGUAUUGGUAUUACAGUGUGUUUACCCUCUUCAUGCUGGUAGCCUUCGAGGCCUCCUUGGUGCAGCAGCAAAUGAGGAACAUGUCGGAGAUUCGGAAAAUGGGCAACAAACCUUACAUGAUCCAGGUUUAUAGGAAUAGGAAGUGGAGGCAAAUCUCAAGUGAUGAGCUCAUUCCUGGUGACAUUGUUUCAAUAGGCCGGUCCCCUCACGAGAAUCUGGUUCCCUGUGAUGUUCUGCUGCUCAGAGGGCGAUGCAUUGUAGAUGAAGCUAUGCUGACUGGGGAGUCUGUCCCACAGAUGAAGGAGCCAGUAGAAGACCUUGACCCAACGCACCUACUGGAUUUGCAGGCAGAUUCAAAGCUGCACGUAAUAUUUGGAGGAACCAAAGUAGUUCAACAUUCUCCACCUCAAAAAACCAGUGCGGGACUCAAACCUGUGGACAACGGUUGUGUUGCCUAUGUCCUGAGGACUGGUUUUAACACUUCUCAGGGAAAAUUACUGCGAACAAUCUUAUUUGGUGUCAAACGAGUUACUGCCAACAAUCUGGAGACAUUUAUCUUCAUCCUCUUCCUUCUCAUCUUUGCUGUUGCUGCAGCUGUAUACGUCUGGGUCGAAGGUACGAAGGACCCAAACAGAAACCGCUACAAACUGUUUUUGGAGUGCACACUAAUCCUGACGUCUGUUGUCCCUCCUGAGCUCCCAAUUGAAUUGUCACUGGCAGUCAACACUUCUCUUAUUGCACUGGCUAAACUGCACGUUUACUGCACAGAACCUUUCCGAAUCCCCUUUGCCGGGAAAGUGGAAUUCUGCUGCUUCGAUAAAACUGGCACUCUGACGAGUGAUAACCUGGUUGUCAGAGGGGUCGCUGGACUCAGGGACGGGAAGGAGCUGGUCCCAGUGUCAGAGAUUCCCCUGCAAACACACCGGGUGGUGGCAACAUGUCAUUCGCUGGUACAGAUGGACGAUGGGACAUUGGUUGGUGAUCCCCUUGAGAAGGCAAUGCUAACUGCAGUGGAUUGGACCCUCACAAAAGAUGAGAAGGUUUUUCCCAAAAGUAUCAAAUCGCAAGGUCUGAAAAUACACCAGCGCUUUCACUUUGCCAGCGCACUGAAACGCAUGUCAGUCCUUGGCUCUUACGAAACAAUGGGCUCCACGGAUCUCCAAUACUUCAGUACUGUGAAGGGAGCACCUGAGACACUGCGUAGCAUGUUCUCCGAGUGUCCCAGCCACUAUGAUGCAGUCCACACUGUGAUGUCACGAGAGGGAGCACGAGUAUUAGCCUUGGGAUAUAAGGAGAUGGGUCACCUCACUCAUCAGCAGGUACGAGCAAUAACCCGCGAGCAGUUGGAGUCAAACCUGAAGUUUGCUGGCUUCAUGGUCGUUUCUUGUCCCCUCAAGGCUGAUUCGAAAGCAGUCAUCAAAGAGAUCCAGAAUGCGUCACAUCAGGUAGUUAUGAUCACCGGUGACAACCCGCUUACAGCCUGUCAUGUGGCCCGAGAGCUCCACUUUAUCCAGAAAGAGCACACUCUUGUCCUCCAAGCACCUCACACUAAAGAUUCUAGGUGGCUGUGGGAGUCCAUUGAUGGCAAAGUUACCAGUCCCGUGAUUCCAUCCACCCUGAGUGACCUGACUAGACACUACGACCUGUGCAUGACGGGAGAAGGGCUCAAUUAUUUAAAUAUGAUGGACAGGCCCUUCCUGAUGAAGCUGAUACCUCAUGUCCACGUGUUUGCCCGGGUCGCACCCAAGCAGAAGGAGUUUGUAAUCACCAGUUUCAAGAGCCUCGGUUACACCACAUUGAUGUGUGGUGAUGGGACCAAUGACGUUGGGGCCUUAAAACAUGCUGAUGUUGGAGUGGCUUUGCUGGCUAAUGCUCCCGAGCGGAUUCCGGACAAGAAGAGGAAGCCAAAAGAUGGGAUAAACGACGGAAAAUCUCACACUUCCAACACGAGCAGCAACAUGAAACCAACCUCUCGGGCAGCAAGGCACCGGUUAAUGUCACAGCGAGAGGAACAGCUUGCUGUACAAAGGGAGCGUCUUAACCAGGUGCUGAAGGACCUAGAGGAGGACCAGAUGCCUGUAAUAAAACUGGGAGAUGCCAGCAUUGCAGCACCAUUUACCUCCAAGCUAUCAUCCAUCAUGUGCAUUUGUUAUGUGAUAAAACAAGGCCGGUGCACGUUGGUAACCACGCUUCAGAUGUUUAAGAUCCUGGCCCUGAAUGCGCUGAUCCUUGCCUACAGCCAGAGCGUGUUGUACCUGGAGGGAGUUAAAUUCAGUGAUUUUCAGGCCACACUGCAGGGGUUGCUUCUCGCUGGCUGCUUCCUCUUCAUCUCUAGAUCCAAGCCACUGAAGACCCUAUCGAAGGUGCGUCCGCUGCCAAACAUAUUCAACCUGUACACUAUACUCACUGUACUGCUGCAAUUUGCUGUCCAUUUCGCCAGCUUAGUUUUCUUGUACAAGGCGGCACAGGAAUAUUCCUCCUCCAGCACAGACGAGUUUGUGGAUCUGUACAAAGAGUUUGAGCCCAGCCUGGUGAACAGCACUGUGUACAUCAUGUCCAUGUCGAUGCAGAUGGCCACUUUCGCCAUUAAUUACAAGGGUCAUCCGUUCAUGGAGAGCCUACGGGAGAACAAGCCCCUGUUGUGGAGUAUUGUGAUUUCAGGCCUUGCUAUUUUGGGCUUGCUGACUGGCUCCUCGCCAGAGUUCAACGAACAGUUUGGGCUGGUGGAAAUCCCAACAGAGCUGAAGAUCGUGAUUGCCGAGGUCCUCGUGGCCGACUUCCUGGUGGCACUUGGGCUGGACCGAAUCCUUCAGGCGUUGCUGGGGAGCAGCAGACUCUGUGUGCCUUCGUGAUAACGGAGCUGGCAGACUGACCGGUCCUUUCUCCGCACUGCACUAGCCCACAGUUGGCUCGUGCACCGGUGAGAGAUUUCAGGGCGAGAGGGACUAGACACCAAGCCACUCCCUGCGGAUGGACUUUUAACUCGCCAACCGUUUUCAUAGAUGGUUUUUGAUAUAAAAACAAAAUUGACUGGUAUUUUCGUACCCAAAAAAAAAAUCUGGAUGAGGAAAAAAAAUAAAUCCAUGUACAGUU